AUGGUCGUUAAUGGGGCCAGGCCACCAUACGAUGCAGCGGGUUCCGCCAGUCAAGAGAACACAACCGCAAACAAAUCCCGCCCCGGAGGCUCGCUGCGCCAGAGCUCUUCAGGAUCCACGCGUACACCAUUGUCCGCACUGGCGCCAAACCGCAAAGACAGCACCGGCGUCAAUGGAGGACGCCCGGUCCCUCAUAGUAGAGUUGAAGAGCUGGGCCAGCGCGAAACAAGUUUGAUACGGAGUGGGAGUGAGGCAGACAGCUUGCUUGAUCUCUACAAGAGCAAUCCGAGCAGCGGUAAUGUGAGCCAAAACCACGCGGCCGACAAUGAUAUCCCCGAAAACAUGUACCGUCCCGCUGAGGAUGAUCCGGAGGGUUGGAUUCAUCGGGACAAGUUGGCCAAGAUCGAAAGCGAGGAAUUGCAAGCGGCAGGUAUUAACCUGGCCAAGGCAAGGAGGAACACGACUAAGAGUACGCAAAGAGACACCAGUCGAGGUCGACGAAGUGAGGACCGCAACAAUCCAUCCGAAUACCGCAGGGUGGAGUCGGAGGAGACAAAAACACGACUACCUGAACCUCUACCAGAAGCAGAAGAGGACGAAAGAGCGAACUGGGAUUUUCGCACCCCCGAGGAGAUUGCGGCCGACAACGCGUCGUCUCAACUAUAUUUGAGUCCUACGCUGAGGAAAUCUGGCUCCAAAAUCCCGGUAUUGACAUCAAGUCCUCUACCCAUACCGCAAGAAAGAAUUGAGCGAGACACUCCGCUGGUCAGGAAGCGUACUAUUAGUAACAGUAUGAGCCCCGAGGAUGGCCUCCCUGUCCUCAAGACCAGAACCAGAAAGGGAAGUAUAGGGAGCCAGACGAUGCAGGACGAGGGCGACUCUGCAUUGCUUACGACACCUGUUCCCCAUAAGCAAUUAACAUACAAAACAUCAUCUCCCACCAAAAGUCGGCCCAAAACAGCCCAAGGUUCACCCCCGGGCACGUCAGCCGGACGCAAGACAUCUGCCACAACAAGGAAACCUUCGAACGCUAAACCUGGCGCCGCGCCGUCUACGAACCAACGGCCGGGAACAAGAUCUGGAGAACUCGAUCGACCUCGGACAGCAGUGAACCGUCCAGAAGGAGAUCCACCUUGGUUAGCGACCAUGUAUAAACCAGAUCCCAGGCUCCCUCCUGAGGAGCAAAUCAUCCCCACCCACGCUCGCAGACAGCAACAAGCGCAGUGGGAGGAUCAGGGAGCGGUUCCGACCACGUAUGAUCGCAACUUCUCCCCUCUGGCCAUCCAUACGGGCAACGGGCAGAUGAAGUUGCCUUCGCCGGUUAUCCCCCAGUCGGCGCAGCCGGGCGAAAAGGAGACUGACGGCACAGAUGGGGGGAAUGGCUGGCCUCUAAAACCGGGGCCCAAUGUCAGGAAUUCAGGGGCCGGUAGCAUGAGACCUAGUACAGGGGGAAGCAUGAAUGGCGGAUACAGUACGAUGCCCCGGGUUUCCAAUCCCGUGACCAGCCCUGGGAUGGGAAGUAUCACAUCUGUGCCUACUCAACCGAACACCAGGAUGCAGGUGCAGCGGGUGCAGCAAGAUGACAUGGAGGAGAAGGUGAAGGAGAAGGGGUGCGGGUGUUGUGUUGUCAUGUGA